AUGCCGCGCGGCAGCCUGGACAACCACCUGUUCCGGCGGGGCAGCCAGCCGCCGCUGCCGUGGUCCACGCGCGUGUCCGUCGCCGUCGACGUCGCCCGCGGCCUCGCCUUCCUCCACUCCCGCGACGUCAUCUUCCGGGACCUCAAGUCCACCAACGUCCUCCUCGGCCUCGACCACCGCGCCAAGCUCUCAGACUUCGGCCUCGCCCGCGCCGGCCUCACAGGCGGCAAGAGCCACGUCUGCACCCGCGUCGGCGGGUUCAUCUCACGGUGCGAGAGAGGGUCUGGGCUGCCGAUCGUUUCGCCGGACGCGGGCUUCCUCGUCAAGCUCGUCGGCUACUGCUCCGACUCCGACAGCAACAAGCUGCUGGUGUACGAGUACAUGCCGCGCGGCAGCCUCGAGAACCACCUGUUCCGGCGCGGCAGCCAGCCGCCGCUGCCGUGGUCCACGCGCGUGGCCGUCGCCGUCGACGUCGCCCGGGGGCUCGCCUUCCUCCACUCCCGCGACGUCAUCUUCCGGGACCUCAAGUCCUCCAACGUGCUCCUCGGCCCCGACCACCGCGCCAAGCUCUCCGACUUAGGCCUCGCCCGCGCCGGCCCCACCGGCGGCAAGAGCCACGUCUCCACCCGCGUCGUCGGCACGCGCGGCUACGCCGCGCCGGAGUACGUCGCCACGGGCCACCUCUCCGCCAAGAGCGACGUGUACGGGUUCGGGGUGGUGCUCCUGGAGCUGAUGACCGGGCGGCGCGCGCUGGACGAGGCCCGCGGCGUGGCGUCGGAGCUGCUGGUGGACUGGGCGAUGCCGAUGCUGCAAGGGGAGCGGCGCAAGGUGAUACGGGUCAUGGACACCAGGCUCGGCGGGCAGUACCCGAAGAGGCAGGCCCAGGACAUGGCCGCGCUCGCGCUCCGCUGCCUGCAGAACGACCCCAAGACCCGCCCCUCCAUGGCCGACGACGUCCUCCCCUCCCUCGAGCUCCUGCUGCAGCCAACCACUGCCAAGUCCUCCUCCUCCUCGUCGACGAUGACGUCAUCCAGAUCGCCGGCCGCGUCGGAGGCACCGGUGCACAGAGGCCACCGGCGUCACAAAGCCUAG